GUCACAGGAGGAAUCGUCGCCACCACCGGCACGGAGGUGACGGAGAUCCUUCCUUGACGGGAGGUGGUGGACUUCUCGUACGGCCAUGUCCGACUCCAGGUGAGAGAAGUGAAAGAGGAAACCAGAACUGGACCGCGUGAUGUCACGAAACCGCGGAGAUGAAAAAAACCAACCCAAGUUCGAAAAGCGUCCACCAAAGUUUCGUUGCCUAACAGCGCUCAUCGGAGGCGGCUCCAACUCACGGCAACAGAGCGGUGAAUCACGCAUCACUCGCUCGCUCGCACCAAGGGACAUAAUUAAGCUGCCGUACCGCGCAAGAGGGCAAACUCCAUCCGGCACAGGAGAAAGACAGUUCAACAAAAAGAAAGCCGCAAGCCCUCUGUGAUCAUGGUGCCGAUGGCGGUGGCGGCGGUGGUGGUGGCGGUGGCGGUGGUGGUUUCGGUGCCAUCGGCUGCUACAGCAACUGUGUCGAUGAUGCAGACAUCCAAAGCCGGCGAGUGCUCUCGAGGAUUCUACCGGGCAGCAAGCGGUGACAUUUGCUGUCAGCAGUGCGAAGCAGGGGAGUAUUUAAUAUCGGACUGCACAGCUGAACAGGGACACUCCGGCUGUCAAGUCUGUGAAGGUGGCUAUUAUACGGAGUAUCCAAACAGCUCACCAAAAUGCAUGGAGUGCAUAACAUGUCAGUCUGAUGAGGAAGAGGAGCGGCAAUGCAGCGCAUCCACAAACAGACGGUGCAGAUGCAAACCCGGCUAUCAUAAGCUUGGCAGCGAGGAAUUGUGCAGGGAGGAUUCUGUUCCACCUGUGACAUCGAGUACCACCGCCCCUCCUGACUCAGGAGGAGGCAAUACAGCGGGCAUUGUGGUGGCCGUGGUUCUGCUGCUCCUGAUUGUCGUUGCUGCUGUUGCUGCGUUCAUUUACAAGAAGGGUGGGAGAUUUCCAUGCGAAAGGGAGCGAGGUCACUCUGAUCAGCCUGGAUCGACUGCAUCGCAUCUCCUUGAGAAUAACACACAAAACCAUGAGGCUGAUGGUGAUGAUGUUACUCCCACCUCUGGCAGGCGUCAAGACGCCUCCGGCUCCGCUGGACGUCCGCUCGACAGAAAGCCGUCAGCCUCAGAGUCCGACACGAAUCAAAGGGAAUCGCAAACCUCGACGCAGCCUGGUGGUCCCGAUGGAGACCAACACGGAGCGGCCGACCCCAAUGGACAUCGUCUGAAUAAUCCUCAAGAUGUUGGUUCCGAUGGAGACCAAUGUGGAGGGGCAGAAUCCGGCAAACAGCUUCUGAAUAAUCCUCAAGAUGGCGAUGAGUUGCGUUCAACCACUUGCGUGUAACACGCGUGUACAACAGAGGUCGCAACCGGGUACCCGAUACCCGUACCCGACCCUGAUGCAGCCGGGUACGGGUAGGCCGUGAGUCACUGGUGAGUCACCGUUUGUCACUCAUUUCCCAACGUCUUGUCUCUUCUCACAAUUCAAGUUCUUAAAAUCAACCCACCCGCGACUGCAACAUGGCUUCAUCCCAGAGGUCGCAAUCGGGUACCCGAUACCCGUACCCUACCCGUACCCGGCCGGGUAUGGGUAGGGUACGGGUACGGCCGGGUACGGGUACCCAUUUGCGACCCUGGCGCGGCCGGGUACGGGUAAGGAAUCAAAACCCGUUUGCGACCUCUGGUUCAAACCCUGACGAUGCCUGCUGUUGUAUAUUUGUAUUUUUUGCGUCUCUAUCUCUCUCACUGCGUGUUUUUUUUGGCUCCUCCACAUUUAGAUUCAACAUCACCACGAGUUUUAAGAGUAUUUUACAAUAAUAUCAGCCACUAGGUUUGGAUGUCAUUUGUGAUCGCGAGGUCGCUUCUGAAAAAUAACUACACAGUAACUCAGGGGGCCCUUACCUGGCUAAAUUAAAAGAGUUUAGUAUGGAUCGCUAUCUUACCCAUAAAAGUAAAAUUUUGUCGAUCUGUCUCUCUGUCUGCUUGUGCAUGCGUUGCAAUGCUUUUAACUGACAAACUCUUGGGUUUACAUUUCAACAAAGUACACAGAUACAACGCAUUAAGCCCCCGGACGAAAAAGUGCUAUUUGUUUUUGACCUUGCUCAAAUGUAAAAAAAUAAAAUCACGCUUUGUAACAAUGUAUGUUCACGCUGAUCGAGGCGCCAAAUCACGCAUCUGCGCAUGCGUGGAAAAGCCGACUCACGGUUGGCCUUAGCAACGCACGUGGACUUGCGUCGAUGGGAGGGAGGUUCUCCUUAGCGUUAAAAAGGGAAAAUAAAACACAACAUUGAGGAAA